GCGGCGGCCGCGGCGAUGGCCGGGGCGCUGGCGGGGCUGGCCGGGGGCUUCCCCGGGCCGCGUGCGGAGCCGGCGCCGGACUCGGACUCGGACACGGACUCGGAGGGGCCGGGCCCCCGGCGCGGGGCCGCCUCACUGCUCCGCUCCCCGCAGGUCAUCCACAGCGGCCACUUCAUGGUGUCGUCGCCGCACAGCGACGCGGUGCCCCGGCGUGGCUCCCAAGAGGGGCCCGUGGGGCCCGCGGACUUCGGGCCGCGCAGCAUUGACCCCACGCUCACCCGUCUCUUCGAGUGCAUGAGCCUGGCCUACAGUGGGAAACUGGUAUCUCCCAAGUGGAAGAACUUCAAAGGCCUGAAGCUACUCUGCAGGGACAAGAUUCGCCUCAACAACGCCAUCUGGAGGGCCUGGUACAUCCAGUAUGUCCAGCGGAGGAAGAGCCCGGUCUGUGGCUUUGUGACCCCUCUGCAGGGAUCCGAGGCUGAUGAGCACCGGAAACCAGAGGCUGUGGUGCUGGAGGGGAAUUACUGGAAGCGGAGGAUUGAAGUUGUCAUGCGAGAGUACCACAAGUGGCGGAUUUACUACAAGAAGCGGCUCCGAAAAUCCAGCAGGGAAGGGGACCUCUUGGCCCCCAAGCAGGCGGAGGGGGGGUGGAGGCCACCAGAACGAUGGUGCGAGCAGCUCUUCUCCAGUGUGGUGCCGGUGCUGCUGGGGGGGACCGAAGAAGAGCCAGGGGGCCGACAGCUCCUCAACCUCGACUGCUUCCUGUCCGACAUCUCUGACACGCUCUUCACCAUGACCCAGCCCAGCCCCGCCCCGCUCCAGCUGCCUCCCGAUGAUGCCUACAUUGGCAAUGCCGACAUGAUCCAACCAGACCUGACCCCCCUGCAGCCCAGCCUGGACGACUUCAUGGACAUUUCAGAUUUCUUCACCAACCACCGGCCCCCAUCGACACCUGCGAGCUUCCCAGAGCCCCCCAGCUUUAGCCCCAUGGCCGACCCUCUGUUUAGCGGCGGGUUCCUGGCACCAGAAUCCCCGGCUGCCCCCCCGGGGGUGCCCCUUCUCCUGGGCAGCCGCCUACAGGCUCGGAGCAGCUGCUCUGGACCCCUGGACUCGCCAACUUUCCUGAGCCCCGACUUCCUCCUGCCGGAAGACCCCAAGGCCAAACCCCCCCAGUCCCUCCUCCAUUUCCCUACUCCCACCAAGGUGCCGGGCCUGGAGCCCUGUCCCUCUGCCCCCUUCUCGCCCCUGGCCCCUUCCCCUCUCCUGAUGCAAGAGGACUGCCUGUAUCCGCCCAGAUUUCCCUUCCCUAAUACAGUGCCCCCUCCAGCAGUUCCCCCACUUCCCACCCCCACAAACUUCCCCCUGACUCACCCCAACACCGGGCCUUCCCCAUCCCCUUUCCCCCUGGAGCUCCUUCCUUCAGGAUACCCAGAGCCCUGCUGUGAGCCCCAAUUUGCCGUGCCCCGGCCACGGCUCAAAAGCAAGCCUCCCACGCCGGCCCCUCGGAUGCGAAGGCCCAGCCCCCCGGCCUUGGCCGGGGCGUCCAACCCCUGUCUCACACAGCUGCUCACUGCUUCCAAGCCAGAGCAAAUGCUGGAAGCGCCACUCCCUUCGAGCACUGCCCUCAGGCCUUCUGGAUCCCCGAAGCCAGGACCCCCGGACUUCCCCUGUGCCUUCUACUCCCCGCCUCUGGCCCAGCCCCAGCCCCCCCUGGCCCCCAUUACUCUGGCUGCUCCCGGGCCCUUAGUGGUGCCCAAAGCCGAGAAGCUCUCGCCUCCAGCGCCCGGGAACGAGCGGCGUCUGUCUGGGGAGCUGCCUCCCAUGCCUGGCCCAGCGGGGCUGGGCACGCAGAUCUCUCCCCCACAGCCCACUUUGGGCAGAGCGCGCCCGGACAACAAGACGGAGAACCGGCGUAUCACUCAUAUCUCAGCGGAGCAGAAGCGGCGUUUCAACAUCAAGCUGGGAUUUGAAACCCUGCGCGGGCUGGUGAGCACCCUCAGCGCCCAGCCCAGCCUCAAGGUGAGCAAGGCCAUGACUCUGCAGAAGACGGCGGAAUACAUCGUGAUGCUGCAGCAGGAGCGGGCGGCGAUGCAGGAAGAGGCCCAGCACCUGCGGGACCAGAUCGAGGAGCUCAACACUGCCAUCAACCUCUGCCAGCAGCAGCUGCCCGCCACGGGCGUGCCCAUCACCCACCAGCGCUUUGACCUGAUGAGGGACAUGUUUGACGACUACGUCCGGGCUCGCACCCUGCACAACUGGAAAUUCUGGGUCUUCAGCAUCCUUAUCCGGCCUUUGUUUGAGUCCUUCAAUGGGAUGGUGUCCACAGCAAGUCUACACAGCUUACGCCAAACUUCACUGGCCUGGCUGGACCAGUAUUGUUCUCUGCCUGCCCUGCGCCCUACGGUCCUGAGCUCCCUCCGCCAGCUGAGCACCUCCACCUGCAUCCUGACUGACCCUGCCCGUGUCCCUGAGCAGGCUGCUCGAGCUGUCACAGAGGGCAACCUCAGCAACCCCUCCUAGGGGUCCAGAAGCUAGCCUAAGUUGUGAACCUCGACAACUUGGGGUUUUCCCCCACCCUACCCAGUGCCUCUUUUCUGGAUGUAGGAUCCAGAAUCCUUCUGUCAGAGGUUGGGGGCAGAUAUCCCAAGGAUCAUAAAUAUAAAAGCUGCACCAGCCUUGAGAAAGGGGAAGCAGACCCCAGGGAGAAAGAGGGUGUUAGGGUACGGGGAAGCAUGGAGAUAACUAAACUGCUUGUCUGGCCUCAUGCCCUGUUCCCCUACCCGCUAUGGUAGGUAUUUGUAACCAUGAUAUGAUGGCCACCCAGCCAUGGAGAAAUUACAAGUGGGUGUCCCACCGGGAUGUCAUUAGUGUAUCCCACUGUGCUAUCCCCUUGAUCUCCCCUUUUCCCACCCCUCAUCACCCCCAUGCCUCAUUUCAGCCCCCAAAUGGGACUCAUCCCAGGGAAAGAAAUGAAGAUUAAUUUGUAUUGGGAAGGGAGGGAGAUGGUACAUGCCUUUAGCUCCCCCCAGGCAACUGGGGGGGGGGGCAGAAUCCCUGGCUGGAAGGAGCCCUGGCCACUGCAAACUACCAUCUCCCUCUUCCUGUCUCCAAGCAGGGCCAAUGGCCAGAAGGCAAAGGUUACCCUCACAUUUCAGCUCUGAAGUAUAGUUCUGUGCCAAGGGAAAAACAAGGGAAAAGUCAAGCACCCAGGGUUGCUUCAUAUUACUGCUGGGACCUUCUCUGUGGACAAGUCCCUUGUCCUCCUAAGCCUUAGUUUCCCACUAUAAAGUGAGGAGGCUGCCGAUGGUAUCCCAGGUGCUGUUAUCUCAGCUGGGAGCCCAGGGAAAAGUGGGGAGCAAAAGAAGAGCAUGGACUAGCUAAAAGGAGGGAAGCUCACCCACUCUCCCCUCUCCUGCUCCAAUCUAAUCUCCAACUCCAGGUGGACAAGGAUUUCCUUCUUUCCUUGUCUCUUCCUCUGUACUUCUCUGGCUCUUUAAAUGAGACCCCCUCUGCGUGUCUAGGAGAGAGAGCCCCAGCUAAAGUCCCAGGGGCCUUUGCUGCCACUCACCCCAUUCUCUCUCCCAGCAGUCAUCAUCUGUGGGGUCCAUGGCAGGACAGCUCCCUGGGACUAGGGGGAUUAGGCUAGGGAGACACAGCCAGGAGAGCUUGGCCCAAACGAAACCCCUGAUCAUCAGCGGAACGGCGGGCAUAUUUCUGGUGUGUGUGAAUUUUCUGAAGAAUUUUUGUCCAAUAAAAAUAAAUGAGACUCUGCCGGGA